GCAGUAUAAAGUUGCAGCUCAUUGUAUUAGAUGUCAGUCCUUUCUAUACCGUGAUAGAAAUAAGUUUGUUCAAGUGCUCUGAAUUUUAUAAUAAUGGACCUCAAAGGCAUCUUCGCACCAGUGUUCACGCCCAUCGAUGAGAGAGGACGCAUCAACACUGACGUGGUUUCUGAAUAUGCCCGCUAUUUGAGGAGUCAUGGAGUCCAGGGUGUACUUGUUGGAGGAACUACCGGUGAAGCUGUCUCCCUCAGCCUGGACGAGAGGAAAGUGAUGCUGGAGUGCUGGGUGGAAGAGGCCAAACCUCUUGGAAUCAAGAUCAUCGCACAGGUCGGCGGCGUGCCGCUGCCUGAAGUUCUUGAAAUGGCGGCAUACUCCGAGGAGGUAGGAACAGACGCGAUCAUGACCCUGCCGGAGCUGUACUUCAAACCGAAGUGCUGCAGCCGCCUGGUGGAUUACCUCGACCUGGUGGCCAAGGCCGCGCCAUCACUGCCGCUCCUAUAUUACCACUUUCCGAUGAUGUCUGGUGUUGAUGUAAAUAUGCCAGAGUUCUUCGCACUAGCGUCAUCAAGGAUACCCACAUUCAUAGGGAUGAAGGCUGACCUAGGAGUGGCAGUGCAAGUAUCACAUCAGCUCACAUCCAAUCAGACCAUAUUCAUCGCAAACCAUUUGCUCGCUCCAUCAGCAAUUCUCGGCCACGAUUGCAGCAUAGCAACGGUAACCAACAUGUUCCCUGGUCUCGUACGAAACGUUGUGGAAGCCACAAAGGCGGGGGAUGUAGAACGAGCUAGGUCGCUGCAAGAAGAACUGAACAAUCUGGUGGCUGGAAUAGCUGCUCAGGGAGACUUUGUCCCCUCAAUGAAAGCCGCAAUGGAACUUCUAACAGGAAUCAAGGUUGGUCCCCCAAGGCUGCCGCAAUUAUCUCUCGAUAACUCCAAGAGAUUCAGACUUUCAGAGCAUUUGAGAAAUUCAGGCUUUAACGUGGUUGAUUCGGAGUAAUUGGAAGGAAAUGUCAUUAGGCUUUAUAGUUACUGAGCUAAAGACUGAUUUACCUGGAUAUAUAAUGUUAACUACAUCGUAGACAGUAAAAAUAGGUCGGUUUAUUUGUUUACUCGAAAAGCGACGCUUGUUCCAUCAAAAUUUUACAAAAUAUACUUAUAGUUAUUA